AGCGUGUCUGGUUUGGUGGCUUCUCAUCUCUUCCUCCUGAUCUGGCUUUAAACUCAGAGAAGUGAGAGAGAGAAACCCCAUUAUACCAAUAAUCUCACUGUUCUCAAUCUUGUGCAUGUGGGCGUUGCUUGUUUGUUUGCUAAGAAAACAAAUGAGAAACAAAGCCAGUACAACCGUUCAGAACUGAGAGAGAGAGAGAGAGAGAGAGAGAGAGAGAGACCCACAACAGGCAACCAACACCAUUCUUUGCUUUCACUGCUCUUCUUCCCCUUUAUAGCCCUUUACCUCACCAACACCUCCAACCAUUCUCUCUCUCUCUCUCUCUCAGAUUCUUGCAUUUUCUCAAGAACUGGUGGUGGGUGCUUGUGAAGCUAUAGCAGAAUGAUCACCACAGAGCUUUUGGAUGUUCAACCCAAUGAACUCCAAUUCACAUUUGAGGUAAUGAAGCAGAGUACAUGUACAUUACAACUUGGGAAUAGGUCUGACCAGUAUGUUGCUUUCAAGGUGAAAACCACUUCUCCGAAGAAAUACUGUGUGCGGCCAAAUGCAGGCAUCAUAAAGCCCAAGGCAACAUGUGAUUUCACAGUUACCAUGCAAGCUCAGAAAGUAGCUCCUCCUGAAUUGCAGUGCAAAGACAAGUUCCUGAUCCAAUGCACAGUUAUACCAUUUGGGAUAUCAGAGGAGGAUGUUACAUCUGACAUGUUUGCAAAAGAUAGUGGCAAGUACGUAGAGGAGAAGAAGUUAAGAGUGGUGCUUACCAGCCCACCCCCUUCUCCAGAAUAUCUACCUGUUAAUGGAGAGCAGAAGGAAGAUCUUUGUUAUGAAACUUCAUUGCAGAAGGACAAAGUUCUAAAUCGAGUUGACAUACCUCUCCAUCAAAGAGUUUUAGACGAUGUUGAUGGUGAAAGUUGUACGGAUGAGCCGAAAGCAGCUAAGCAUGCAGAGGAAUUGAAAUCAGAAAACAAUGAUGUUGUAUUAAAUUUAACAAAGGAUUUUGAGGAGUUAAAAUCAAAGCUCAGUACAGUGAAUUUAAAGCUAAAAGAGGCUGAUCUCACCAUCAUUAAGCUAACAGAAGAAAGGAGCAUGACCACUCGAGAGAAGAAUAUGCUAAAACAUGAAUUGGAAUUGUUGAGGAAGAAGAACAAUGCAAGAACAAUUAUGUCUGGCUUCCCUAUUCUUUAUGUUCUUCUGAUUGCCCUCAUCAGUAUAGUAAUCGGAUACUUUGCCCAUCCUUAGAUACAACUCAGACAAGUAAAAUUUCUGUUGCAUACAGUCAAGGAGAUCAUUUUUCUUUCAUGAGUAGAAGGAACUCCAUUCAUGGCUAUGACACCAAAGAAUGUUCGGUGUCAUCACUAAUAUUAUUCAUAUAUGGAGUUAGGACCAUCUGAAUUCUGCAUGUAAGGAAAACUUAUCUUUCAAUUAAAAUCUAAGU